AUCAUGAUUUGUUGAUGGUCCCUAACUCCAGACUAACGUCUGCUGGAUUCCCAAUUUGAGGCUAACUUCACGCAGUGACUGUCAGACGGAGGAACAACAUGGACCCGAACACGACCAUCCUGCGGGUUAAAAGGAAGCGGGGGACAGACCCCGCAGACGCUUUGCUACUCGCGUGUAAACGGAUCCGACCUGAGUCUUCCCAGAACUCCGGAGAAACGGCACCGGAGCCCAAUGAAGCCGAAGUGGAAAACUCCGUCUUCAAACUCGUGGCGACUGUAGCGACUCAGGAUGCUCCUGUGCAGACGCAGGUUCGGCAGGCUUUGGCUCGGCCCCGCGUGGCCCACGCCUUAAGGCCCUCCGCCGCCAGCUUCCAGCGGGUCAUCGGGGACUUGCGGAGUACCAAGUGGAGCACCCGGAGGGAGGAACGCUACAGAAUACUGUCAAGUCACCGUUCAGAGCUUCCAGCGCCGGCGGAGCACCAGACCGUCCAGACGGAUGCUCCCGAGGCUACAGAUGAACACGGUAAAGCGGCGCUCAAAGGCUGGGAUCUGGGAGAAAUCCAGGUGGUGGAUCUAAUCCAAGAGGUCGGAGAGGAGGACAAACCUUGUGACAAGAUGCUGCCCUCAGACCCAGAGACCAUUCUGUGCAACAACACCAAGAUGCUGCGCGAGCGCCUGAGCGUUUCUGGAGAGCGGCUGGGAGAGCACCGAGAGCGCGACGAAGAUUACGUCUACGAUCUGUACUACCAGGAAACGUGCACAUCAGGCUGGAUCCAGGACAUCCUGUCUGUUAGGGCCUACGCUGACGAGGGAGAACUGGUUCCAGAUCUGGUGGUUCAUGAAGAGGAGGUUUAUGAAGACGAAGAUGAUGAGAACGAAGAGACCAACUGGAGAAACGACUAUCCUGAAGAAGACAGUGACUCGGACAGAGAGGAGCGCUAUGGAGGUUACUGGGAGGAGGAACACUCGUACAGCAGGAGGAGCUGGGAGCGCUACCAGAGGGAGGUGCUGCAGGAGCGGGGUGCUGAAGAGGAUGACGACGACGCAGACAAAUAUGACUCUGACUGAUUUGAGCCUUACUGCUUCCUGUACCCCCCUCCCCCCUUCACUCAUGACGCCACACUCUGAGCCUCUGUGUAGUGGACGAAGCAGAAAAUAGCAGCUCGUGUAGCGAAGGUCAGAUGUUAAAAUCAAGCCGUGUGCCAAAACAGAGAGAUGAUGGAGCCGAUGGCGUUCCACAUCAUUCCAACCGUCUACUACACAGACCCGGAAGGAGUUGGAGUCUUUUCCACUUUUAUUUUGAAAUCCUGUUGUGGAGUAAAUUUGCGUGUGGAUGUUUUGUCAAACUCGUAUGUGUGUCAAGAGUUGUUGCACAUUAGUGUGAUGUGCUUUGUGCUGUUCAAACCUUAGUGAGGCGUCUGGGCAAAGUGUGCUUGCAUUUAGGGCGUUUGCAUUUUGUGCAUGGUAGUGCGUUUGUCGGCCUGUGUGGUAGAAUUUUGCGGGCGCAGCGUCAGUUUUCUGUUGUGUUUGCUUCGGGAAUUCCACCUUUUGAAAUUUACUCCUCGGAUGCUUGUUGGAAUAAAGUUUUGUAAAUAUGUAGAUGUAAAUUAAACUUUGAAAGUAA